AAACGGGGGCAGCAGCUGAAAGACGUCGCUCGCGCUGCUGUGCUCGAGGAGAGGGAGAGAACCGAGGGGGUCUCGUGAAGGAGAGGCGACACACAAACUUGGACAGGGCAGUCUAGGACAGUGAGAGAUGCAGUGAAGAGAAAGUGACACUCCUCAGGUCAAAGGGUAAAGUCAGCAGGAAGUGGAGGUGCAGGAUGCAGUCACAGGAGCAGCCGCUGGCCCUCACUGCAGUGACGUCACUUUAUUCCACCAAUGGGAAAGAGGAAGAGGUGAACACAGAUGCAGAAUCCAUGGAGGAAGAGGUGGAGUUUAACUGGGAGGAGUACAUGGAGGAGACGGGGGCUAAUGCCGCCCCUCACACCACCUUCAAACAUGUGGAGGUGAGCCUGCAGAGCAGCUUCCAGCCCGGCAUGAAGCUUGAGGUGGCCAAUAAGAGCAGCCCGGACUCCUACUGGGUGGCCACCAUCAUCACCACGUGUGGCCAGCUGCUGCUGCUGCGCUUCAGCGGGUACGGAGACGACCGCAAGGCCGACUUCUGGUGCGACGUGAUGACCGCCGAGCUGCACCCGGUGGGCUGGUGCACGCAGAACAACAAGACCCUCAUGCCCCCCGAAGAUAACAUUUACCUAAGAAAAGGCUCAGAGCUGCAUGCUUCCUCCUUCUCCUCUUCCUCUUUCACCUCUACAGGAAGUGACCUCACUGCUCAGUUGCCCUGCCCCCUAUUGCAUGUGACUCCUCUCCAGCUCAGCACUGUGUUCCUUAAAGGUUCCCUAUUGAACACAUUUGCUGAAUGCUCUCUCAAUGUUACCGUUGGUCAGAAGCAGAAGAAGAUAGCGGUGGUCCAGCCAGAAAAACCGUUGGCCCCGUCCCCAGUGUUAGAGCCGACUCCUGUCAUCUCCUGCCAGCCCGUCGCCAUGGAUCCAGGCUCAGCUAACGGCAGGUACUGCUGCUCAAAGAUUUUCGUCAACCACCGCUGUUUCUCCGGCCCGUACCUCAACAAGGGACGCAUCGCCGAGCUGCCGCAGGCUGUCGGGCCCGGGAAGUGCACGCUGGUCCUCAAAGAGCUGCUCAGCAUGCUGAUCAACGCCGCCUACAAGCCCGGGCGAGUCCUGAAGGAGCUGCAGGACCUGGAGGAUCAGAGCUGGGACUGCCAAGAGGAGACCCUCAAAGCCAAAUAUAAAGGGAAAACCUAUCGCUCCACCAUCCGCAUCGUGCGCCUCGCAGACCAGAUCGCAGACUUCUGUCGUAAAGUGUGCGUGAAGCUGCAGUGCUGCCCGAACCUCUUCAGCCCCCUCCUCAUCGCCGACAAGUGCCCGGAGAACUGCUCCGUCCAGACCAAAACCAAAUACACUUAUUACUACGGGAAGAAAAGGAAGCUCUCCAAGCCGAUGGCUGGAGAGGAGGCGACGGAGGCCAAGCCGACGCGCCGCAGGAAGAAGAGGAAAGCAAUCUUUGUGCAGAAGAAGAGACGCUCGUCCAACGUGGACUACACUGCAGCCGGCUCACCACAGGACAGUGAGGAGGAUGAAGAGAUGACGUUGCAGUCAGGCAGUGAAGGCACCAGCUCGGAGCCCCGUGAGGACCACCCUGACGGCUCCUCGGCGGAGGUGAACAGCAGCCGCCCCCGCCGCGCCGCCUCGCUGCGCAGGGCCUUCAGCACAGGGGAAGCUGCGGGGGGGACCGAGGCCCCCGAGGGCCGCAGGAGGUCCACGCGCUCACUGUCCACUUACAACCAGAACAAGUACCAGCCACCGGAGGGACAGGACAUGCAGAUGGACGAGGAGGAGGAUCAGCUGGUGUUGGACAGAAACCCUCUGGAGUGGAGUGUAGAUGAAGUCGUUCAGUUUAUAAACUCGACUGACUGUGCGUCUCUGGCCAACAUCUUCCAGGAGCAGGACAUUGACGGCCAGGCGCUGCUGCUGCUCACUCUGCCCACCGUACAGGAGUGCAUGGACCUGAAGCUCGGCCCCGCCAUCAAACUGUGCCACCAGAUAGAGCGCGUCAAGGUCGCCUUCUACAGACAGUUCGCCAACUGAUCCAGGAGCAGCACGACAGCAAGACUCGUUGGAUUAGGUGCCUCCUGGUGGAAAGUUGUGGAGCUUUUAUGGAUUUCCAACAUGCAAGAAAAGGGAUCUUUUUGGGAGCGAUUGCAUCGGAAAAGAACAAAUGGAGGAAUAUCCCCACGAGAAGCUGAAGGAUUAUUUCUGGGAUAAUGGUGGUGUCAAAAUGUGAUGGAGUACCCCACAGAAACGUCCGCCCAAAACACAUCGGAGUCAAUCGGAUUACUCAUCCUGUGAAAACGUUAUUAUGAGAGACUGAAGACUUUUGUGUUUAUUUCUUACUUUUCAUUUCCAUUAUAUUCGUGACAGAGGAGCAUUAUAGCAUUUAAGUGAAAAAAGAAUAAUGAUUGACCAUGAAGAGUUUUGGCCUUUUUGUGUGACAUGAUUGGAUAUAUUUGAAAGUAUUUAACAAACCAAGAAGUAAUAUAUUUGAAAUAUUUAUUGUUUUCCUUGUUUAUAAGGAGUUAUCCAUUGGGAUUCAGAGAAAAUAUUUGAUCAGUAAUAUAAUAAUGUCAACAUGAGCUCCUUUACCCCCAAAAGAUGUUUAAGUUAUUUCAGAUACAGGGUCUGCAUUCAUUUAGAUUCACACUUCAGUUUUGAGAGGAAUUCAGUUUGUGGUGUGACUCUCCUCUUGUUGAUACAAUCACAUGAAACAAUCAUGGAAACUAUUUGUGUUCAUCUAUGCAAAUGUGUUGCAGAUAUUUUUGAUAAGUAAGAAAAUAAAUUUCUAUUGAUUUGU